UUACCCCACACCCGUUCCCCUUCUUUCUCAGGUUCAUACUGCUGCAUCUAGCAAAGUAACAAACAUCUUCCAAUCCACUCCAGAUAGCCAAACCCUCUCUCUUUCUCCAACUUUCACAUCUCUUUACUCUCUCAAUGGCAACCAAAACAGAUAAUCUUUCAACCGCUGCCGUUGAAGAUAACCCUAUCGAAACCCUAGACACGGCAGUCCCUGAUUCUACCAAGCCAGAUCGAGGCGAAGAUUCUACCAACACCGCAUCAUCCGCCGUUGAGUUAGCUACCGAAGGGCCUAAGAAUGACUCCGAGAACUCAAAGAGCGCUGCACCGGUCACCGACAUCGAGAAGAAGAUCCGCCGUGCUGAACGUUUUGGAAUUACUGUUCAGCUUUCCGAGCAAGAGAAACGCAAUUCUCGUGCUGAAAGGUUUGGCACCAGCACUGGCACUGGCACUGGAUCUACAGGACAGGGGUCAGAGUCAGACUCGGUGAAGAAAUCAGAGGAGCUGAAGAGGAAGGCUAGAGCAGAGAGGUUUGGGAUUCCUGUACCACCUGCAGCUAGUGAUGAGGAGGCAAAGAAGAAAUCACGUCUUGAAAGAUUCACACCGGCUGCUAAAUCAAAUACCCUGGAAGAAGACAAAAGGAAGGCAAGGGCUCUCAGGUUCUCACAAAGUUCAUCUGGUUCUCUAUCCAUAAAUGGCAAGGGGGAUCUUGAGCCAAAGGCGGCUAUUGCAGGUGAGGCUGGUGGAGGGUCUUGAAUUGACAUCUCCUUUACUAGUUCUUAGGUUUAGUGUUCUAACAUGAGAUUCUCCCUGAGGCUUCUAUCCGCCUUUUCAUUUUUCAACAAAAGAACUCCCAGAUGCAGCACUCUUCAUUCUCAGAUAAAUCUAUUGAAGGCAUUUGACAUGAUUUUGGCACCUUCUGUUUCAUAUUAGCUUUUGAUGUUGUUUUCUUGGGGCUUAGAGGAAUCAACAAUGCCUUUGAGUGUUCACUUUUCUUGAAAUCUUCUAAAAGUAUCAGAAGUUCUGAAUUUUGAAUCUAGGAAAAAUGUUAAUGUUUUUAGCCUAUUCAAAGAAAGUAUCUAGUGAUCUUUUUUCCAUUGGACAAAUUCUAUGUGACAAGGACAUGUUGCUAGUGUCUCAUAUAUUCAUGAAGCUGCAUGUCCAUGAUCCAAUAUUAUUAGUAUUGACUAGAUGCUAUGUGUUGCAUUGUGUCAUUCAUGACCUUGAGAUUUCCGACAUGUUUCUUACUUCAUUAGGAAAUGGGGAUGAUUCAUAGGACUUCAUAAGUGAUCCCGAGAAUGGGCAGUUAUGAAUAAGAUUACAUGGGAAGUCUUAUUUUGGUUUAGGCAUGUGUCCAUGGAUUGCUACUUGGCAGUCACUGAAGCCUAUAACCAAAGCAAACCAACAUGGGUAAGUCUGCUCUUUUGAAUUGAAACAUUUGAGAAAGGCUGCAUUCUUUUUAUUGUCAUAUAAAGCAUUCAUAUGUUUUCAUCCUUCUUGGACGUAAGUGAACUAGAAUCAUUUUUCUUUCUUAAAUUUGUUUCCUUUUCAUUUAUAUAUUCAUCCAAUGACCAUGCAUUAGAACAUGUUUACAUGAAACUAUGAAGUCUUCUGAUGUGUAUGCGGUACUUGCUGCUGCUGUUCAACUGUGAAUCAUGAGGGGUUUAUGUCCAAAACUGUCAUAUUUGACACUUGGUUUGAACAUGUUGAAGGUAAAGUUUUUAGAGUAUGUCAGAGAGUUGUGCUUACAGGUUGAUAAUGGGCUGUAAAAGGAAAUUUUUCUAGUUAGUGAUUCAGAAUCUCUGAUAUUCUUUCUGGUAUUUUGAGAUCGGUGAACGUGUCAAACGUGUUAUUGAUUUUUUAGGCCUCACGAUGAAUUGCUCUGCAAGGUAGGCUACUGGGAAUGGAGGAUAUCUUGAUAAUUGGGUUGCUGAUGUAAGUGUGUUUCCUUCUAUAAUUUUUGUAUUGAGUAUGACAUGAUUACAAAUUGUGAAAACGCUGUAUCUGAAGUUCUUGUAAUUGAUGUUGGGAAGACCAGGUAACAUGAUUGGGAGAAUCUGUAGAAUAUUUUCUUCUUCUUCUUCUUCUUCUUCAAUUUUUUUCCCUUUCUAUGUUUGCAACAUCAUCUAUAUGUAUUUGGUGGUGAUUUCUUU